ACGCAGCUAAGGCAUACGGACGUACCAAGCAGCCAAAGAGAAAAUGACAUGGCGGUCCCACAAAAUUAAAAUCCCAUUUUUAUUUAAAAGUGAUACUCCCUCUGUCCCGGAAUUAUCUUCAUUCUUUCCUUUUCGGUCCGUCCCAAAUUUAUCUCCUUUUUCCCUUUUUGAUAAAGAAUAUGUGGUUCACAAUCAUUCUUACACAUUUCUCUCUCCUCUGCAUAACUCUCCACCACACAAAUCCCACUAUCUUAAAACCCGUGCCCGGUUAAAACCGGAGUUAAUUAUGAGACGGAGGGAGUAUAAUUUGUUUAUUCGUACUCUGAUUCUUAUAAAAAUACACCAAAAUUCAUAACUUUUUAUAAUCUUUCAUAUGACACCAAUAUUGAAUAUAAAAAAAUAAAAAAAUAAUUUAACACUUUAAAAAAUAUCUUUUUUUUAGGGAAAAGUGUCAAAUAAGCUCUCCUACUGUUACAAAAAUGUCAAUUAAGGGCAUCAACCCAAAUAUCACCCAAUUAGACCCGUAAACCAGUAAAAAAAAUCUAAGUGGCUUUUUAGUAGGUAACAUUCCCGUUCCAGGUAAAACAUACGAUGUGGCAUUUAAUUUUUGUAUUUUUCCUUUUCUUUUUUCUAUUUGUUUUUCCUUUUCUUUCCUUAUUUUCUCUUUCUUCUCCACCCCCUUUCUUCCCCCGCACUUCCCCCUCUUCCUUGUCAUGCACCUUUCUUUCUUUCUUUCCCUUCUUUACCUUUCUUUCUUUCCUUCUUUAUUUUGCAAUCACCAGUCGGAUCCGAGAGCCAGUCUUCUUCCCCCAACCAACCUCCGGCAAAGCCAUAGAAGUUGGGUCGACCGCCGGUCGUCUUCUCCGGGCAAUUUCUGGCAAAGAGAGCUCCGGUCAUCUUCCAUGAACGUUGUCAUCCUCUCUUACCAACUUUCAGUCUCAUGAAAUGCUGAUCUUCUCCAUCAAUUUAUAAUUUUAUUUAUUGUUCUUAUUGUUCUUGUUUAUCCAUGGAUUGAAUGGUAUGUCAAAAUUCAAAAAUCAAAGAAAAGUGGGAAACAAGGGUAUGUUAGGGGUGUGAUUAAGCCAAAUGGGUGAGAUUUAAAAA